CACCGGAUCAGGCCGGCCGGCAAUGGGCGCCAUUUUGAAACCCCGAAGCCUCCCGCGGCGGCAGCUCCGUGCGGCGGCUGCGACCCGCUCCCGGCCGGCGCCCGUCCCCCCGGCCCCGCCGCCUCGGCCGCACCGGCACCGUGCGACAUGGCAGGGGUGGCAGGAGGUGGAGGCGUCGGCGGCAGCAACGACUUCCAGUGGUGCUUCUCCCAGGUGAAAGGGGCGAUCGACGAGGACGUGGCGGAAGCUGAUAUUAUUUCAACAGUUGAAUUUAAUUACUCUGGUGAUCUUCUUGCAACAGGAGACAAAGGUGGCAGAGUGGUUAUAUUUCAAAGGGAACAAGAGAGUAAAAGCCGUCCUUAUUCCAGGGGGGAAUACAAUGUUUACAGCACCUUCCAGAGUCAUGAACCUGAGUUUGACUACUUGAAAAGUCUAGAAAUUGAGGAAAAAAUCAAUAAAAUUAGGUGGUUACCACAACAGAAUGCUGCUCACUUCCUGCUGUCUACAAAUGAUAAAACUAUUAAAUUAUGGAAAAUAAGUGAAAGGGAUAAAAGAGCCGAAGGUUAUAAUUUAAAAGAUGAAGAUGGAAGACUGCGGGAUCCCUUCAGAAUCACAGCACUGCGGGUGCCAAUCUUGAAGCCCAUGGACCUAAUGGUAGAAGCAAGUCCCAGAAGGAUAUUUGCAAAUGCACAUACUUAUCACAUAAACUCUAUUUCAGUAAAUAGUGAUCAUGAAACAUACCUUUCUGCAGAUGACCUAAGAAUUAACCUAUGGCAUUUAGAAAUCACAGAUAGAAGUUUUAAUAUUGUAGAUAUUAAGCCUGCUAACAUGGAGGAGCUGACAGAGGUGAUCACUGCUGCAGAGUUCCACCCUCACCACUGUAAUGUGUUCGUGUACAGCAGCAGCAAAGGAACCAUUCGCCUAUGUGACAUGCGGUCCUCAGCACUCUGCGACAGGCACUCCAAGUUUUUUGAAGAGCCCGAGGAUCCUAGCAGCAGAUCAUUUUUUUCAGAGAUCAUAUCCUCGAUAUCUGAUGUUAAAUUCAGUCACAGCGGCCGAUACAUGAUGACAAGAGACUACCUGUCAGUCAAAGUGUGGGACCUCAACAUGGAGAACAGGCCUGUAGAGACAUACCAAGUUCAUGAGUACCUUCGGAGCAAGCUUUGUUCCCUCUAUGAAAAUGACUGCAUCUUUGACAAGUUUGAGUGCUGCUGGAACGGUUCUGAUAGCGCUAUCAUGACUGGGUCCUACAACAACUUCUUCAGGAUGUUCGACCGCAACACGCGCCGGGACGUCACCCUGGAGGCCUCCCGAGAGAGCAGCAAGCCCCGUGCCGUGCUGAAGCCACGCAAGGUCUGCACGGGGGGCAAGAGGAAGAAGGACGAGAUAAGCGUUGACAGUCUGGACUUCAACAAGAAGAUCCUUCACACAGCGUGGCACCCCAUGGAGAACAUCAUUGCUGUAGCUGCCACCAAUAACUUGUAUAUAUUCCAGGAUAAAAUUAACUAGGGAUGACUUCCCCGAGGACGGAGCCGUCGUCUCACAUAGUUACGCUCAGUUGUUUAUCUGUAAAAGAGAAGGCCUUGUUGUCCUACCAGUGAAGAACAUUGAUGCACUUACUUCCCUUUAGCUCCAGGAGAGGAUCUGGCCGGGUUUGGAGUCAUGGAUGUUCUGCUGUCGGGUAGGGAGCGUCAGCCACAGCUUUCCAGGUGGAACCCUCAGAGGCAAGAAUGGAUGGACAGUGCUCACGAAGGCCAGUGCUCAAACCCAGUGUAUUUAUUGAAGUCUGAGCCUUCCUUUCCAGUUGAUAGACCAAAAAUCUAACACCCAAGAAGGAAACGUGUCAUGACAGUGUAAUUUCUUCUCUCUCACGCUCUUUCUGCUGUAAUAUUUGGGCCUUUCAGAACAUAUAUUGUGCUUAACGCCUGUGAACAUUCCUCCUCUGGCCUUGUCGGGGCUUAGGUGGUUUUACCUUGGAGCACUUAGGUAGGUCUUGAGUUGGGUUCGUAGACAGGUUCCCAUGACUAUUUACUCAGCACCUGUAUCUCUAACCACACCUUCUGGUGUCAACCACUUAAUAAAAUAACAAGCUAUAAAAAGUGUUUUUAAAUCUGAAGGUAUGUAUCCAGUCCUCUUUAUUUUUUUCUAUUGCAUGUCCUGAGAUUGUGCAGAAUUACUCCGAGGGGCAGAUUUGACAGGGUUUGCCCCCAAAACAGUGAUUUUUGGCAGACUAAUCCAGAUGUUUUUGUGCAGUAUCUCAGAUUCCAAGGUCAGAGCUCCCACAAAGCUGUUGUUCAGUUCAAAUUGCACUGGUUUCCUUGUCAAGUGCUCUCUGUACCAAGUAGGAGAUUCAGAGGUCGGUAUAAAGACGUCCACAGCCUUAAGAGAAAGUGACCAGGAGGGAAAACCAAACGUGGAACACUAUUUCUUCUUAGAAGAUAACAAAUUGAGUUCAUUGGCUGCAUCUCAAUGUUUGCUAGAGCCAAACCUCAUGUGCAUUACGGUUUUUAACCUUUUUAGUCUUUGUCAGGAAGAUAAGAGUUUAUUUUAACUACUUGGCAUAAUGCAUUGUAUUCCUGUUGCAAUUCCAGGCCCAAACCCGACCCCUCUCGUGGCCGUGCCCAGCACUGGGGCAUGCUGUGGCUCUGACACCCCAAUGGCAGGAGGCACCAAGGCCACGGGCGGGUGUUGCUGUGGCUGCUGGGAUCCUGCUCUCCCCUCCUGUUCUUAAGCCUUAGGUACUUUUGUUUUCUCCAAAGAGGCCUAAAAUGCAUCAACCUUCUCCUCGCCCUCGGACAGGCCGGGUGAGGGCUCCUGCUGCCGGUGCAGCACGUGCUGGUAGCAUUGAGUAGGUAGAGAUGACACUGGGAAUGUGCCUGCACAUUGGGAAUGGAUGUGAGACCCCAACUCACUGGAGGCAACAGCUCCAGUGUGGUUUGUGCUCUGCUUCCUUAAGCCAGGCUCUGCACACACCACUGUCUGUGGAGGGCUGACCCCCCCCCCCAUGGGGAGCUGAGCGUCUGAAAGGGGCUGAUUGACCAAACCUGACUCUGUACAUUGGUUGUGACACUGCUGGAGGCUCCGGGGCCGGGGGUGACUGAUGUGUUCCAGGUGAGCCGGUUGUGCCGCACCGGUUGUGCCGCGCUGGGGCUGUACAAAAUGUUCACUUCUUUUGACCAAAAAGUUUAAUAAAUUUUAACUGUU